UGCGCACAAGUUGCCCAACACUUGGCACAGUAAAAAAAAAAAUAAACAUUUAUAUUUACAAUGAAUGGCGGAAAAGAGCUAAAAGCCUUGAUCAAGGACAUUAGGGAGACGAUAAAGCUAGGCAAACACGCGGAGGCCAUACCCAAGUGCCAACGCCUGCUCAAAUUGGAUCCCAAAAAUGCCAUGGGCUACUUGUUGCUCGGCGCCGCAUACCAGAAUCUGGACAAGGCGGAGGCGGCCAAGAACCUGAGGCAUUGCAUCGAGUUCACGGAGGGACCCGCCACCAACGCGCUCCUGGGUCUAGCCAACUGCGCGCCCAGCAACGAGCUGCCGGAGAUCUACGAUCAACUGGCGGAUCUGCAACCAGAACAAUCUUUGGACUUUUGGGAGAAGCUUUUCAACUUGGCUUCGGACUCGACAGUGGCACCCGCUUGCUUUGCUGUAUUGAAAAAGAGAGCUAAGAACCCAGAGGGCAGAAACUAUGCCAAAAUCCAAGAGUACCUGGGACGGAUUUGGUUAUCCAACGAUUUUGAUAUUACCCCAGAUGACUCCCAACUUUAUAAAACAACAAUGAAUGCUCUCCUGGACACAUCAGAUUUAAAUACGAAGAGUGUCGUUUACAAGCGCUACCUUAAAUGGCUGUACAAGGAGAAGGAUUUUGUAGCCUGCGUGCGGCACGCAUGCAACAUGACCGUAUCCCACCCCAAGGAUGUCUACGGCUUUGAGUGGAUAUGCAAGACCUACUGCGAAAACCAUGAUCAACCGAGUAGAGAUCUCUGGCAGCAAGAGUUGAGGCAUCCGAUCCAGGCGUACGCUGAGCAACUUCUGGAAAUUAAUCCAAACUCCAACUUGGCCCUGUUGAUCAAGGCACUAGAUCUUUAUGCUGAAGGGCAGUUCGUAGCAUCCCGACAGUUGGUACUGCAAGCGCAGCAAAGUCAUCCAGCGUACAAGGUAACUACCGAGCUUUUGGCCAGGAUCCACAUGGAGCUGGGCGCCUUUAAGCUUGCCCUUCAGUUGUGGCAGCAGCUUGGACAGGAAAACGAAGCGUGUGCUCUGUGUUUAUCCCACGAAAAAGAGGAUUCCAAAUUGAGAGAAGGAGUCAGGAUGCUGCAAACGCUAGAGAAGUCCGAGAGCAAUGUUAAGGCCUUAGCUCGUUGCUACUUUAAGCUGGGCGAGCUGCAGCUGCUGAAAGAUUUGCCUUUAGAUGAACUUUCCAAAGCAGAAUUUCUAUUGUCCCCAGCUGAAGCUAUUCGAAAAAUUGGCAACCAAGAGUCCUUCGAGGCUCAGCUGCUUUGUGGCAAGCUGCACUUGGAGCUAAAAAACUAUUCAGAUUCCCUGAAUUGCAUACUGAAGGCCACACGAUUGCGUCCGCAUUUUGCCGAGUGCUUCGACUAUCUGGGCAGGUUGUAUCCGCUGGCAACUGGGGAUUUGUCGCGUGCGCGCAAGUGCUAUGAAAAGUGCAUCAGUCUUAAUGCCUUGGCCGAGGAAGCAGUCGAUGCUCUGAGUUUCAUCUACCAGGAACUGGGCGAGGAGGACCUAAACGAGACGCUUCUCCUUAACACCUUGCGGCAUCUGGGCAACGACGAAUCAAUCCGACUACAGUACAAGCUGGGACUGCACUUUCUGCAUGUGAAGAAGUGGGAUAACGCAAUCCAAUGCUUCCGCAUUGCCAUCAAACACGACUCGCGCUGCAUGGUAUACUGGGAGUCGUUGGGUGAUGCUUAUGCCGCGCGAGGAUCUUACAACUCAGCUAUUCGGGUCUUCCAGAAGAUUCUCGAGCUCUCCGCGGAGAAUAGUUAUGCUCUGCUCCAGAUCGCCUCCAUUAAAACGACAAUUCGCAUGUAUUCCGAGGCUAUUGAAGAUUACGAUACGCUGUUAAGGCUGAAUCCUAGUUACCUGCCGGGAUUACGGGGAGCAGCUGAGGCGCAUAUUGGCAUGGCUAAUAGUCUUAAGUCCCAGAAUCUGUAUGGCAGGUCAAAACAGCAUUUCCAACUAGCUGUAGGACAUCUUCAAAGCGCCUUUCUUCAGCCAGAGGCUCAGGGCAUGGUUUGGCUGUGGCGCCUUUCGGCCAGUGUGUUCGUUCAAACGGCCCAACUACCGUCCUCAAUGGCCAACUUGGAUGUGGUCGGCAGUCUGGCCAAGCGUGAUGAAGCCAUUGCGUAUCUGUCGAGAAAGGAUCUCCUACAGCUGGCCCAGCGAUUCUAUCUUUGCGCUUUAAAGCUGAAGCAGAACACUUACCUGUGGUACGAGCUGGCACUGGCCAGCUACUACAGUGCAAUCUUCAUUCCCGAGGAGGCCAGGGGCCACUUGGAGACAUCGGCUAGGGUAUGUAAGAUGGCUAUCAAGGAGCGUGGCAAUCGAUGGCAGAAUUGGAAUCUACUCGGUGUGAUCAACAUGCAUUCGGAAUUUGAGAAUUUGCCGCUGGCUCAGCACUGUUUAAUCCAAGCAGUGGAACUGGAAAGAAAAUGCUUCACGGCUUGGACCAAUCUCGGGGUGCUGUACGUCAAGUUGAAUGAAGUCCGACUGGCCAAUGAGGCCUUCACGCGAGCCCAACAAUCGAGUCCUGUGUACGCCAACGCUUGGAUAGGUCAGGCUAUGGUGGCGGAGACGAUCGGUGACCGGGAGGAGGCCUUCGACCUGUUCCGUCAUUGCCAGCAGUUCGAUUACCAUCCGGAGGCGGCAUUGGGUUUCACGCACUGGGUGUGCGAGAUGCUAUCGGAUCCGGGAUCUCGGAAUAAGCCGCACAUACGGCAUGCUAUAGAUCACAUGUAUGCGGAUGUUUAUGCACUGGAUGCCAUUAAUUGGUAUGUGCAAAAUGAGGAAGCCGAUGCCAGUAUCGCAUCGCUGUCGUUCCAGGGAUUUUUGUAUGCCCGAAAAAAGCUGUAUCAAAAAGCGAUCGAAGCCUUCACCCGCGCUUGUAAGAUAUGCGAACCGGGAGCGGAUCGGGACAAGCUCUAUACGAACUUGGGAUACCUAUACCUGAAGCUUGACCAACCGGAGCAGGCGGUGAACGCCCUAAACACGGUAGCCCAUGCCACAUUUAAGCCAAUCAUUGGCCUGGCACAGGCUUAUUACCGAUCCGGUCAGCUGCAGGAAUCCUAUUCGAUUUACAACUCUGUUCUAAGCAACGUGGUGGGCCAGGAUGAUGAUAAGGCGGCUACCAUUUUGGUGGCGAUGGCAUCCAUGAUCUACGCCUUCCAGGGUGAAGCGGACACAAAAACCCUACUCUAUCAGUGCGUUCUGUUAAGGGAAGUGCCCAUUCAGGCCUUGUACUCGGCCUUUGCCUUGGGCAUAAUUCAUAAGGAUAACGAACUUAGCCAGACGAUAAUGACGGAGCUGAGUGCGUACGCUUUCAACGAGAAGCAUUGCGCCGAGGUGUCCUACCUAACGGCCUACUAUUUCCUUAUAAAUGAGGGUGCCCGCAAGGCCUUGUGCUAUCUACAGUCCCGAGUCCGCAUGUUUCCCCAUUCCGCAGGACUCCGCAAGGUGAUGCUAAAGUUUCUUCUUGACUAUUUUCUGGAGGAUCGAUCCUACCAACAGGCCACCUCAAAUAUGGCUCUGAUAGCUCUUACACUUGGCCAUACCAAUCAGCAGAAUGGCAUUUUGGCCAGCGAGGAGGCGCAGACAACGAUCUAUGCGAGCCAGGCCGUGAGUCCAGUUGACAAGGCCUGCUCCCUUAAGUUGGUUCAGCGCGCCAUCCGACUGAAUCCAACAGACCAGGAAGCCAGAAACUUACUUUCUGCCAUUACGGCUCAUUGAUAAUAAUGCCUAAUAAAAUAAUCGAUUUAAACUGCCUUA